AAGCAUCAAAUGCAUAUGUAGACAACAAGCGAGUGCAGGUUGACACGGAAAAGCAAAAAAUACCAUAGAGAGGGCCGGCGCAGAAAUAUUAAAAACAACAUAUCCAACCCACGCAAACUGGUCAAACGUGUGAUGAUGGCACGCUCGGCGCAAGAUGUGCUCGGCGUGCUGCGGGGUCUGCAAAUAGUUGCGGAGGCGUGCGGACGCGAGCAUCUGGCGCUGACUAAGCAUCUAUGGAGCAACUCAAGUGUGCGCGAACUGCUUACAGAGAAUGUGAAUCAAACGGCGCAAGCAGUACGCAACGCACAGCCCAGCGAGGAGCUAAAGAAACUACAAGAGCUGCUGCAGGAAACAGGCGAACGUAGCUACGUCGUAGCCAAAGGAAUUUGUCAGCUGCUCGAAACGAAAUUUCCACGUGAAUUAAGCAUAAUGCAGGCAGCCACAUCAGGCCAAGCAACUGGCGCAACUGGAGCAGCAGCUAUGACGCCGUCAGGUGUAAGCGCUGCGCGUGCGCAGCUGGAGGCAGCAGAUGCAGCCAACUUGGAUAUAUCCUCGAUAACGCUGCAAGAGUUUGAGGAAAUACUGUCCAAGCGCAAUAAGAAUCGCAAUGUAAGUCUACGCACAGCCCAUACCAAAAGCAGUGAAGUGCAGCUGGAUCAGGCGCCGGAGCAGAAGUUCUCCGAGGGCAUUAUGGCCAAGGAUACGCAGUAUGUGGAUGAUGUAAUGCGCUUUGUGGCAGGUGGCAGCACAAAAGCAACAACAACAGCAACACCUAAAGCUGCUGCUGCUGCUGCUGCUGCUGCUCCGGACGUUGAGAGCAAACCCGCUGUGCAGGAGCUGAGCAAGGUGGCCAAACAACGUCGCGUGCCUUCGUCACGUUUGGGACGCAUGGCCAGCUUUGGUGGUCUCUUUGCUGGCCUGGGCAUUGGCACCAUCAACGAGCUAACCAAAGGCGCUUUGGGUCUGGGCGGCGCCACCAAUAUGCGCGAGGCUUUUCUUAGUCCUGCCAAUGCGGAACGCAUUGUCGAUACGUUAUGCAAAGUGCGCGGCGCAGCGCUCAAGAUUGGCCAGAUACUUAGCAUACAAGACUCGAAUGUAGUGUCGCCACAGCUGGCCAAAGCUUUCGAGCGUGUGCGUCAGGCUGCCGACUAUAUGCCCGACUGGCAGGUGGAGCGUGUGAUGAACACACAACUGGGACCGGAUUGGCGUCAGGGCUUGCAGUCAUUUGAUGACAAACCCUUUGCCGCUGCAUCCAUUGGACAAGUGCAUCGUGCCACGCUGCUGAAUGGCAUGGAUGUGGCCAUUAAAAUACAAUAUCCUGGUGUAGCUCAAAGCAUUGAGAGCGACAUCGAUAAUCUGGUCGGCAUGCUCAAAGUAUGGGAUGUCUUUCCCCAAGGCUUCUUCAUUGACAAUGUGGUGCGUGUAGCGAAGCGCGAGCUGCAGUGGGAGGUGGACUAUGCACGCGAGGCGGAAUAUACGGAAAAGUUUCGCGAAAUGAUUGCACCCUAUCCAGAGUAUUAUGUGCCCAAAGUGGUGCGUGAGUUUACCACCUCGAGCGUGCUCACCACCGAAUUUGUGCCUGGCGUGCCGCUGGACAAAUGCUUUGAGCUUAGCUACGAGCAUCGUCAGCAUAUUGCCGCUUCGGUAUUGAAGCUUUGCCUGCGCGAGCUUUUCGAGAUCGAGUGCAUGCAAACGGAUCCCAAUUGGAGCAAUUUCCUCUACGAUGCGCCCAGUCGCCGGCUCAUGCUCAUUGACUUUGGCUCCACGCGUUUCUACAAACACGAGUUCAUACGCAACUAUCGCCAGGUCAUCAUUAGCGCUGCUGAGAACAAUCGCCAGGGCGUGCUGGACAUGUCCCGGCAAAUGGGUUUCCUCACCGGCUAUGAGAGCAAACAUAUGGAGCAGGCUCAUGUUGAUGCUGUCAUGAUUCUUGGCGAGAUCUUUCGCUACAACGGCGACUUUGAUUUCGGCAAACAGAAUACAACGGAGCGUCUCGCCGCCUUGGUGCCCACCAUGGUCGCCCAGCGCUUGUGCCCACCGCCUGAGGAGAUCUACUCCAUACAUCGCAAGCUGUCGGGCAUCUUCUUGCUCUGCGCGCGGCUCAAUGUCCGCAUGAAUUGCAUGCCCUUCUAUCAGGACAUCAUUCUCAACAAGUUCAAGGAUUAAAAUUGUUAGUUACAUUUCCAACUGUUCCUUCCACCCGCCCAAACUUGUUAACCGCUUGGAUCAAGUGCUCUUAAUUUGUUUACUAAACAGUUUAUAAUAAUAUAGAGAAUCUUUUUA